UCAUCAUCGUCAUCAUCAUCCUCUUCAUCAUCAUCAUCAUCACCAACAUUAAAUUGUCUUAAUAAUAAUAAUAAUUCAUUAACACCAACAACUCCAUCAAGAACCACACCACCACCAUCAUCAACAACAACAACAAGUGAUAAUAAUGAUUUUGUUCAAACCAUUUAUGGUAUGACAACAUUAAAUGGUAAUCAUAAUUUACAUUUAAUGGAUAAUAAUGGUAAUAUAUCAUCAUCAUCAUCAUCAUCGGCUGCAACAACAUCAUCAACGAUUACAACAACCAUAGGUGGAAAUAGUCAUCAAAAUAAUCAUCAAAAUCAUCAAUUAAAUUUACAUUCACAUCGAUUAUUCAAUGAUAAUAAUGGUCAUCUUCAUCACAAUCAUCACAACCAUCAUCAUUCAGUAUUUUCAACAUUUCCAAAUGUAUUAAGUAAUUCAGUUGCAGAAACUGCAUUUAAAAAACUUAAAGUUGAUCAUCAAUCAUCAACACUUCUUCCACCACCACCACCACCACCACCUCCAUCUUUAUCAUUACAACCACCACCUCCACCUACACCAUCAUCUGUUUUAAGUCAUCUUGGUAACGGUGGACAUCAUCAUCAUCAUAAUCAUCAUCAUCAUCAUUCAUCAUCAUUAAUGGCUGCUGCUUGUCUUACAUCAUCAUCAUCAUCAUCAUCUACGAUUCCAUCAUCGUUGACAAUAAAUUCACUGACAACAUCAUCAACAUCAUCAUUGAUAACAACAAAUACAAAUUGUCCACCAACACCAGCACGACGUAGACAUCGUACAACAUUCACCCAAGAACAAUUACAAGAAUUAGAAUCAGCAUUUGCUAAAAGUCAUUAUCCGGAUAUUUAUUGCCGGGAAGAAUUAGCUCGGAUAACUAAAUUGAAUGAAGCAAGAAUACAGGUAUGGUUUCAAAAUCGUCGUGCCAAAUAUCGUAAACAAGAAAAACAAAUACAAAAAGCAUUAACAAAUAGUACAAUGUUACCUGCUUGUAAUGGUGCUAUGAUGCGUAAUAUUUAUCAUCAAGCACAAGCUGUACAACAAGCUGCACAACAACAACAACAAAAUCGUAAUCAUCAACAUCAACAACAAAAUAAUAAUAAUCAUCAACAACAACAACAAAAUCAUCUACAGCAUAAUCAUUUACAUCAUAAUCCACAUCAAUAUCAUCAAUAUGGUAAUGGUGGUGGUGUUGGUGGUAGUAAUAUUAUUGGUACAACAUCAUCAUCGGCUACAUCACGUCAUUAUCAUACACCAAUAGCUGCGGCUGCUGCAGCAGCAGCCGCAGCAAGUGCAUAUCAACAUUCAUUAAAUGGACCAACCGGAACAACCGGAACAACACCAUUUAUUGGUAUGACAACACAUUCAGCUGCGGCUGCUGCAGCAGCAGCCGCAGCUGUUUCAAUUAAUCAUCGACAACAACAACAACAACAACAACUUUCGGAUAUUGAUAAUGAAAAUGAUUGGUAUAAUAAAGGUUUUAAUGCAUUAAGAAUGAAUAAUCCUCAUCAACAUCAUAAUAAUAAUAAUAAUAAUAAUAAUCAUGGUAAUCAACCAAAUCUAUCAUCAUCAACAUCGUCAACAUCAUCAACAUCAGCAUCAUCAAAUGUCACUACACCAAGUAUACUUCAAUAUCAAACAUGAAAAACAAGAUUUCUUGAGAAUUUUUUUUUCUCCCUUUGAUUCUCCACAAAUACCUCCCCUUCCUCCUCCUCCACUAGUCACCACCACCAACACCAACAAAUAUCUUCAUAUAGUCAACCAAUUGAUUUGGAAACCCCGAAAAAAUAUUUUCCAAUUUUUUUUUUCUAAAAUAAAAUUAACACUUUGUUCUCUCGCCAGUAU